AUGUUUUCAUGGAAACACCAACAACAAAAUACCAUCAAUGGUGAUGAUCCUAAUAAUAAAUUUACCAAGCUAAUUAAAUGUCUAUUAUUUCCAUCAAAAUGGCGUAUACUAGCCCAUCAAGUUUUACCUGAAUUUUGUCUACAGGUGCUCAACAUUACCAAUAUUAUUGAAAUCGCUGGACUCGACCAGUUUGCUGAACUAGUAGCCGAAGAGUUUACUAAACGACUAAAACCUACCGAAACCAUAGCUUAUGACGAUUUUUUUCAGACACUACUCGAUCGGUGCCCAGAAUUCAUCGAUAAAACAAAUGGUAAAACAUUAGAUCAGCAAUGGAUGACCAAAGAGGAAGUGAUGGCCAAUAUGUUCGCACUAUUUGAUGGAGGAUUUGUCGGUCACUACACUUCGAUGACAUUUCUGAUCUAUGAGUUGGCCAUCAAUACUGAUUGUCAGCAAAAAUUAUACGACGAGUUAAUUAAUAGUAACUGUUUUGUGGACAGUCGUCUGAACGGUCAGUUUGAUUGGGAAACAGUCGGCAAACUUGACUAUUUGAAUGCCUGUCUAUCGGAAUCAUUGAGACUACACUCGGCUAUCAAUAGAGACGGACGGUUAGCCAAUCAGGACUAUACAGAUGAGACAACCGGUUUGACUAUCAAAAAAGGUCAGGAAAUUCAGUUAUCACAUUCAGCAGUACAACAGUGUCCCGAUUACUACCGAAUGCCCGACCAGUUCAUACCCGACCGGUUCGUCAAACAUAACAAACACCAAUUGGUUGACUCAGCGUAUCUGCCGUUUGGUUUGGGCCGUCGUAUGUGUCCCGGCUAUAAGUUUGCCCUAAUGGCCAUCAAAUUGACCAUGGCACAUUUGCUUAUUAGAUACAAUACUUAA